AUGGCCGUAGCCUUAUUUUUGAUAGUAUUUUUGUUGGGCGGGCUUGCAGUUAGACUGGCCACACUUGAUAUGGUUUUUCGGUCAAUCAGUAAUCUAUCGUUUAUAAGAUUUGCAUUUGAGUCCACAAUGAUAAUCAUCUAUGGUAUGGAUCGCUGCGAUGUUAACUUUGAGGGAAAGAUAUUGAUUUUGGAUCAGUUUGAAAUCAAUGAUAAUAAGAUCUGGACAAAUAUGUAUUGGCUUAUAGCAAUUGCUUGGAUUGACCUAAGCUAUGGUAAGAAAGACUGGUUUAGUAAACAUUCAAAAGUUAUAUUAAACUCUUUGAACGGACGUAUCAAUUAUCAUACAUUGACGGCACUGAUGGGUCCGUCAGGUGCGGGAAAGUCGACACUAUUGAAGUGUAUUAAUAUGCGUCAAACAUCGGGUAUAACAUGCGAUUCAAAAAUAUAUGUUAAUCAAUGUACGGAUUUUAAGACUUGUUUUAUAAUGCAAUCAUCUGAUGAACACUUGUGGUUGGGUUUGACUGUAAGAGAAUCGCUGUUAUUUGCAUCAAAAAUCAAGAACUAUAAGAUCAAGUAUUGGGAGGAAAGUUAUAAUAUGAGCACAGAUUUUAUUUGUGAUAGUAGUGAAUACCAGAGCUCUAAGUUUCGAGAUAUUGAAUGCCAAACGGAUGACUAUUGGGAUAGAGAUAAACAUAUUGAUCACAAUCUAAAUGUUAACAAAAUUAUUGGGGAACUCCUACUGGAAGACUGUGCCGACACACUUGUCCUCUCGUGCAGUGGCGGCGAACAGAAACGACUGACCAUAGGCUUGGAGUUGGUUCAGCAAAGUAAGCCUAAUCUGAUGUGUAUUGAUGAGCCUACCACUGGUUUAGACAGUAAUACAUCAGAAAUGAUAAUCCAAUGCUUGAAACAGCUAUCAGUGCGGCACCGGAUGGCAAUCGUUACAUCCAUACAUCAGCCAAACUCAAUCAUACUAUCAAUGUUUGAUCAGUUAUAUGUGUUGGCCAAAGGUGGCUACUGUGUCUAUAUGGGUCAGCCCAGUCAUCUGCGUUCACAUUUGUCACUUUGCAACAUCAAGUGCACUGACGAUGUGUUGCCCAUUGAAUUGUUGCUGAAAAUUGCGGCCUUAAACGGUAACGACACCAAACGGUCGGCCGUAAAAAAUGGUAAUACUUCAGGAGGACGACGUAUUUCACGAAUAGACCAAUUGGCAACUAUUGCCGACAAACAACGUGUCGACAUUUUGAAUGAAUGUAUAGAAAAGUGUCAGAUAGUGACCAACACUGGAAUAGGUUUACGAAAACAGUACUUCAAUUUAAGACAUUUUUAUUAUCUCACUUUAAGAACAUUACAUUGUUUUUACCAUCACGAUUGGCUCAUAAGUCUAUUAAUGUUUGUAUUUCUAAUAUUUAUAUCACUAUUUAUGGUCUAUCUGUUCGGUCGGGUCGGCGCCGAUGACGGCUGUCUGGAUGUUAGCCAACAAAUAGACACAUUGCUAGCAAUCAAUAUAUCGGUCAUACCGUUGAAAGAAGCCAAACGUUUUAUGACCGACCAUUCAAUGAUUAUGCAAAAUGUCAAACUACUAUAUUUCAUAUUAAUCUGUAUGGCCUUUAUAUCUAUCUCCUGUUCCGUACUAUACUUUCCGCGUGAUGUACGCGUAUUUAUCAACGAACACCGUAAUCGUUGGUAUUCGGCCGGUGUUUACUACUGGUCCCGAUUAGUCAUAGACACACCUAUACUGAUUGCUAUGGCUGUCGCUUACUCUACAGUUAUAUUUUAUACGACCGGACAGUUGUACGAGUGGUAUCGUUACGAGUAUUUUACAAUUACCCUGGUAGCCUGUAUGAUAAUAACGCACAACUGUGGUAUGUUUAUUGGUACAGUAUUUUCCCAUAAUUUUCAAUUGGCCAGUACGGCCGCCAUAACUCUGCUAAUCAUGUGUUUUCUGUUGGGCGGCUUUCCCGUCAAACUGUCCACUCUUGACGUCGUAAUGAAAUGGUUAAGUCAUCUGUCGUUUAUUAGGCAUACCUUUGAAUGUCUACUAUUGACGACCUAUGGGUUCAACCGAUGCCAUGAUAGUCAACUGUCCGUCAUAUUGAAUGAGUUUAAUUUAAACGAUGAUAUUAAGAUAAGCACCAAAUUAGCAAAUAUCAUGACAGUAGCCGAGUCUUUAGGUGGUGUGGGUUGUGGUAUCGGUAUUGGACAGUGGGUGCGAUCUUUUUGA